AUGAAUACCCAGCCAGAAACUCCGCCGUGUGACCUCUGUCAAUCCAAUCCAAUCCUCCACGACGAGCUGAUCGCCGAUAUCAAAUCCCGUCUUCCUGUCAAACUUCUGAUGCAAAUGAAGUGCGUAUGUAAGUUCUGGAAAACCCUUAUCUCUCAUCCUACAUUCAUCAAAAUGCACCUUCAUCGAUCUCAACAAAAUGCAUACUCCUAUGUCGUCUCUCACAUGAAAUCCGAACGUGAUCAUGAUGAUUUCAGUUUCGUACCUUUUUCUGUUAAUCAUUUGCUAGAAGACCGUUCUUUCACCAUUCGCAACUAUCCUGACUACCCAUUGAAUGAUAAGGAUUGUCGCCAUGUUGUUGGUUCCUGCAAUGGAUUGGUCUGUUUGCUAGGUUAUUCUCAAACAAAGUGGUGGUUCCGUUUUUGGAACCCUGCCACAAGAACAAUAUCUGAUAAAUUAGGGUUUUUGCACGACGGUAAGUUUGAAUGGUGUGCAUGGAAUUUUGUGUUUGGUUAUGAUAACACUACAGACACUUAUAAGGUUGCGGGGCUAAAUACCGCUAAUAACCGAGAGGUGAGAGUUUUUAGUUUGGGUGAAAAUGAUUGGAGAACUAUUCAAAGUUUUCCUGCUUUGCAUGAUGCGUUAAUUUCUCAUGCUUCAAGAAUGUAUGGUGGUGUAUAUUUUAGUUGCGCUGUUAACUGGUUGGGAACCAACCCAAGAAAUGAUAAAUUUUUUGAUGACUAUGUUAUUGUUUCACUUAAUCUAAGUACCUUGACAUACACUCAGAUGCAUCCCCCUUCAUGUUUUGAGAAAGUGAUACCACUUGUAGCACCCAGUGUUUGUGUGUUGAUGAACUCCCUUUGUUUUUACCAUGAUGUCGAGGGAACACAUUUUUUUAUAUGGAGGAUGACAGAAUUCGGAAAUGAGAACUCGUGGACUAAAUUACUUAAACUCUAUUAUCACAAUCUCGGAAUGAAUUAUAAAUUUGAACAUGAUUUUCUGCGUUUGAGGUUAAUGCCAUUGCAUGUUAGUGAGGAUGGUGAUGUAGUAGUAUUUGCAAACAACCUACAAAGCCGAGCCAUUCUCUAUAACAGGAGAACUGAAAGAGCAAGGAAAACUAGAAUCAACAAUAACAUAUGUUGGUUCUCUAUGAGGGAUUAUGUCGAAAGCUUGGUGCCAACCUCUUGA